AUGAUUUUCACCCGACUUUGGCCUCGUCGUCAGGACUUCCAGCUGAGUCGACUGGAUGGUGGCAAGGACAUGGCCGGGCGCGAACCUGGGAUCCAGUGGCGAUUGCGAUUUCGAAGUUCUGGCCCGGGCCUUCAUUUCGUGUCAGGGAAGGCAAGCGAAAUGAACUACAGCAUAAGCGGAGAGCGCUGGGUGAUGACGCCGCGGUCCCGAAGACACCAGCGGGUCUUGACGUGCCCUUACUGCUCGUACUACACCACCAUUAGAACCAACUACUUCAAGCAUCUCAGGAAGCACACGGGGGAGAAGCCUUUUUCGUGUCCCAAUUGUUCCUACAGCUCGACCCAAAAGAGUAAUCUGGAGAGACACAUGUUCCGGUGCCCAGCAAGAGUCAAUGUAUCUGUCUGA